CGUCCCAGUCUCUGACCCAUCACUCCACGGGCACUGACUGCUCCUGUUCUGCAGCCCGCCAGGAUGGCAGGAACUCCCCGUUCCUUCCUUCUUUUCCUCCUGCUGGUUUCCCAGCCCAGGGACACAAGUCCUGCUACCUCACAAUGUUUGCCCAAAUGGGUGAAUGGGAUUCUGGGAGAAUCAGUCGUCCUCCCGCUUGAUUACGAGGAGAUGUUCAAGAGCAUCAGGUGGUCCGCACCCAGCCCUCGCCAGGACGAAGCCUCAGGCAGAACGGUGCCUCUUGCUGUCGUCACACCGGGGGCGCCCGGAGCCCUGCCUCGUCUCGCUGUGGAGGACGAGCGAUACAGAGGGCGACUGAGACUCUAUGGCCGGACCUAUUCGCUGGAGAUCAGCAACCUGACGAUGGCAGAUGAGGGCGAAUACGAAGUAGUGCAAACUCUAAUUGCAAACAAUCAAUACAGCUGUGACUAUCCCCUGUCCAUCUACGAGCGACUGUCGGAGCCGGAGAUCAGGGUCCACCCUGUGAUGGCUGGGAACGGCACCUGCAACGUGACCUUCACCUGCAGCAUCGGGGAGAGGCCCAGGCACCUCAAAUACACCUGGACACGCCCAGCAGGAGGCGCCGUUCUCUCCACUGAGGUAUCCCUGCUGGUCCAGCACAGACUGGGGGAUGAGGACUCGCCCGUCACCUGCAUGGCCACAAACCCCGUCAGCCACAGCUCAGCCAGCGCCUCCCCCAAGGUGGCCUGUGAAGGUCCUGCCCUGCCCCAGACCCCAGCGCUGUCCUACUGCCGCGCCAAGGGGAUCCUUGUGCUGGGGGUGCUGGGAACCCUGCUGGCCGGGAUCCUCACGGUGCACGUCCUCGCCGCGAGGGAGCAGAGACGGCCCUGA